CCUUACCUUGUCCCUCCGCCAGCAUAGAAUCGCAAUCUUUCAAGCCGUACAGCUCUGCACGCCGCGCAUUCUACUCGCAGGCCCCCUCGUCAAGUCAGGCAAUCCCUCGUUCUCGAGCCAGCAUGGCCUCUCCUUCCUCCUCUGCGGACGCCGCCCUGGUGGAGGACCUCCUACAUUCACCACCCACACCAAAGUCCCGCCGCACAGUCGUGACAGUCGACGACCUCAAGGAGCGAACUUGCUGGAUUUGUCAGGAUGGGGAUGACGACGACCACGACGACGGCGUCAGUGAUGACACUAGGGAGCAGUCGGAGGUGGAGAACGCUGUUGGCAGUCCCAGCAGCGGCGAGCCCAGCAGCAGAAGUAGAGCCUCCUCCAAAAAAGAAAAACGCACCACCCAUCCCGGGCGCCGCUUUAUCCAUCCUUGUCGCUGCACUUUGGUAGCACACGAGUCUUGCCUGCUACAAUGGAUCUAUCGCAAGAGGACAAACUCGCAGCCCAUUGUCAAGUGCCCGCAAUGCGCUCAUCCUUACACGCUCGUCGCCCCGAAAUCGCGGGGGCUGCGUUGGUUUCAAGUAGGGGACAGCAUCUCUUCCAUGGCACUGGGAGUCGGUACCGUGUUCUUCGGCUUUGGAGCUGCGAGUUGGCUCUGCUAUUCGUAUGGCUCGGGAUUGAUCAAGCUUUGGCUGGGAGGCGAAGCAGCGGCGCAAUUUACUGAUUCGGACACCGUCGGUUGGUACACGGGUGAGCUCGUCGGGGUCCCUGCGCUACUAAUCCUGGCGCGCCUCCAAACGCAAGCCGAGAUCACACGACAGGCCGAGAUCUACCUCGGCACAGCAAUGUGGAUUGUCCCAACGUACAUGCAUCUAUUCCACGCCACCACUUCAUCGUACAUGUCAUGGUCGCGGACGCCCCUCAUCAUCAAGGGUGGCUGGCAAGGCGGACGAUGUCCAGGAUCGCCGAGGGAAGGGUACUGCACCUGGACUGGGCUGUGGGACGCAGUGCGCUCGGCUUACCCGCCUAGCUUCGCCUUGUCUGUCACGAUGCUGGUUUGGGGGAGACACGCGUAUCGGGCGGCGAGAAAGAGAAUAACGGCGUGGCUGCUGCAGCCCCUUGUGGACAAGGCCAAUGCGGCGCAAAAGGCGGCGGAGGAAGAGCAGCAGCAGCAGCAGCAGCAGCAGCAAGCACCCCAGCCAGCUCAGGGACCGCAGGCCCUACCUCGCCCUCUUCCUGAUCAGCCAGUACCGCAGCGACCUCGCCUGCCUGGGCGAGGCAAUCUCAACGACCGCGCCACUCGCCGUCAAUUUGCCAGCACGACCAAGAUCGUCAUCGUCGGCCUCGGAGGUCCAGACGAUAUGACCCAAGUUGAUCCAGACUCUCGCGCCCAGCCUCCACCUUUGGGAACAGAAGCCGUGGUCGAAGAGCCUACCCCACCCGCUGUCGCCCUCGCCGCUGCCAUGGCUGGCGUGCAUCCUCCGGUGUACAGGUCCAUGUACAUCUCGCCCUCGUCGGUACUGCGCCUCGUCUGGGCAGCGCUGGGAAGCCCGUUGGUGGCGACAAUGCUUGGCGCGGCAUUGCAGGGCAUAUCGAUGGGGAUGAAUCCGGGCAACUGGUUGGAGAGACUGUUGGCCGUAUCCGCAUUUCGUGAAGGGAUCAAGGGGGGUAGAACAGCGAAGUAUCAAGGCGUCCGAUCACUCCACUGGCGCAACACCCUCUCCUUUGGCUUGUACGUCGUUGCAUGCGAUGCUGCUAGCCUCGCGUAUCGCUACCUGCGCUUGAAGAGGAGGGCGCAGACUACGGUGCAGGACUUGCCAUUCCAGGGUGGGAUGGUGGAGGGAUUGGAGUUGCGAGAGGAUUGAGAGUGGGAGGAGAGGGAGCGAGAGGCGUGAGGCGUGGCACGUGAGAGGCUUUGUAUCAUAUCGACCAAAAUUGAGCACUGAAACCACGACGCGACGUAAUCCGAUACCACUCAGUCGCAC